UCUUGAAUCUCUUUACUCUUUCCUUUGAUGCAACACAUAUUCAAAAGCUUCAAGAAUCAAACUACGAGACAAGCAAAUGGCUUUAGUCAGAAGUAUCUUCAGUGCAAAGAAGAUUCUUGGCGGCGCCUUAGCAAGAAGGAGCAAAGCACCAAAAGGGUUUCUUUCGGUGUACGUCGGCGAGAACCAAGAGAAGAAGCAGAGAUACUUUGUACCAGUCUCAUACUUGAACCAACCUUCAUUUCAGGCUCUUCUCAGUAAAAGCGAAGAAGAGUUUGGUUUUGACCAUCCUAUGGGCGGCUUGACGAUUUCUUGUCCUGAAUGUACUUUUAUCAGAAUAACUUCUCGGAUUCAAGGAUAAACAAUGAUCUAUGAUCCUAACCAAAAGAUAGGAGGAAACAACCAUUUUUCAUUUUUUUAUUGUAAAUAUAUUGACAUUUUUUCAUCUUUCUAACCAAAAGAUUUGUUCGAAAGAUAUAAAUAUUCGAUGUGA